UCUAUCACCAAAGUCUAGACUGCUCAGCCCUAGUUGUUCUCAGUGUGACAACGCGGGCCGCGUAACGUGUUGACAGCGUUGCUUACGUUGCGCCAGACCAAGCUUCUCAAGCCGUUUUGUUCAUGCUCACAGGCCAAACCGUUUGUUGUUGUACUUCCCUCUUAGAUUGUUCACUUGCAUUUAUCUCCUCAGUUCUUCUCUCAGGUCUAUCUCUUUGUUUCCUCAACACCUCAUGCGCUCCGCUCCAUUGGAUGUCAUUUGCUUUUGUUUGCUCAUUCAUUUGAAUGCCCUUAUAUGACCCCUCCGAAUCUCUGUGUUUGAA